AUGGACUCCCCAAAACCCACUCUCAAAGUUAUUCGAAUCGGCUGCCUGGAUCAAGCAGAGCAACUCGUUGACCUGGCUUGCGAGACCUUCAUUGACGACUACUGGUUUUCUCUCAUUGUACCAGGCCGCCGUGAGCAUCCUGAUACGUUUCGAAAGAUGUGGUCGUCGAACUUUCGGGAAGCGUAUGGAGACAAGGGCUCGGUGAUUCUCGCCGCUUACAGAGAGGAUGAGGACAGUGACGACGGAAGAGGGGAAUUUCUUGCUUUUGCAGUGUGGACUCGAUUCGGAACGAGUGAUGUGGCUCGAAGCUGGCAAGGAGAUUCCUGGAACAAGAAAGUUACAAGGCUUGGGGUUAUGUGGGAUAGUUUCUCCAAGUACCUACUCCGCCAAACUGAUCCCGGAGUCUCAAUAGACGCCACCAACGAUGUCUUCUCAUGGAUGGGCAGCGUCAAACAUCUCUACCCUACCGAAUAUUGGAGUCUUGCCUGGUUGGGAGUUUCACCGAAGUGUCAGAGAACCGGGAUUGGGAAGAAGCUUCUCCAAUGGGGCAUUGAUCGUUCCGAAGAGGAGCAAGUCUCUGCGGCACUUGUAUCAACUGAGGUGGGAAAGCCAUUGUACGAGAAGAUGGGGUUCCGAGAGGUCAGCGAUAUACCUCGUGACAAGUCAGGAAACCACAUUCCAUUGAUGAUUCGCUCUAUAGAGAAGCCCAAGGUGACCGUAGAGGAGACGUGGUAA